GUGUUCUACGCCGCGCCGACGCUGCGGCGCUCGACGCAGAAGCGCAGCGCGGAGAUGGCCGCGCAGCGGGAGAUGCGGGAGACCCUCAAGCCCGUGCGCAGGGCCGCGCCGAAGGACGCCACCUGGCGCGUGAUGACUCAGGAGGAGCUGCUUGCUGAGGCGGCGCGCACCGAGGUGGAGAACCUGACGUCCCUCCGGCUUCUGCUGGCCCAGGAGGAGGAGACCAAGCGCAAGGCGUCGGUGGUGAAAAAGCAGUACACGGGGCCGAUGGUGAAGCUGCGCAGCCGCACGAAGGACGUGGCGCCGCCGCCGGGGGAGGAGGAGGGCGAAGAGGAGCAGGGGGAUGGCGAGCAGGAGGGCAAGGGAGCGGAGGGCGGAGGCGGCAGCGGCAAGGACGGCGCAGACGAGGGCGCUGGCGGCGGCGGGGACGAGCGAAAGGGUGAGGCAGGAGCGAAGGCUGAGGCUGAGGCGGCGGCGGCACAGGAGGGCGGCGCCGGGCAGCAGAAGGACGGCCAGGGGCAGGCGCAGACGGAGGGGGGGCCAGGGAAAGCAGAGCAGGAGGAGCAGCAGCAGGGGGAGGAGGAGCAGCAGCAGCAGCAGCAGCAGAAGCCCAAGCGGCGGCGCAAGCGCCACUGCGAGUCAGUCACGACGCUGCAGUGGGCCAACAUGCGCGCCCCGCCGCCGUGGCUGCGGUCGCAGCACGCGCCGGCGCCGCCGGCGCCGCCCGUCUGCCCCAUCACCGGCGCGCCGGCGCGGUACCGGGAUCCGGCCACCGGCCAGUUUUACGCCAACGCGGCCGCCUUCGCCGAGCUCCGAGCGCGCGCCGGGCGCCCGCUAGCCAACGCGCGCGGCGAGGCGGCGGCGGCGGCCGCGGCGGCGGGCGCGGCGAUCGCGCGGCGGCAGGCCGGGGUGCUGCCGGACUCUGUGGUUGGGCUGCUGCUCAAUAUGGUGGCCGCGACCUGA